AUGUGGUUUACAGGUCUCUAUACUAUGGGAAAGGACAAGCGGGGUAUUGAAAGAGGACACUGCAUUGAGUGUGAAUGCGACGAAUAUGAAAGUAGUGCGGUACGAUGCGAUUAUUGUGGCCACACACCUAUGAGUCAUGUUCCCUUUGACCCUAAGAGGCCAAGAUAUGACGCGACACGGGGUGCGACACCGAACAGAGAGGUAUCUGUGGAAACAAAUACAGUUUCUUUUUCGGUGGUUAAAGGAGAUGGGCCUCCACCUGUUAAAGAAAGGCUCGACGAGGGAUUAGCCAGAGAGGGACCUGAACAACUGACAAACGCAAACGAUACACCCGCAGCACAUCAACCGGAGAGGGCAAGCCACGGCGAGGAGUUUGCCGAAAAGGGGGCAGAUGCCAGCGGCGCAGAGCCCACAGAAGAAGCAUCUGUCAUAGAGGUUGAUACGAGUGGCGAUGAUGAGGUCGUUCGCUUUCAGAGGAAAAUCGACGCCGUCACAAAAACCAGACGAUUCGUUAUCAGCAAAAAUAACGGAAAGCUUUUCGCAUUUUGUAAUGUGUGCAGUGUGAAUAUGGUUGCCGGAAAAGAGCACAAGGGCCAGGAUAUGUUCCUGAUUACCCAGCAUAUGGCCACUGCAACACAUAAAACUAAUGAAGCCAUUUGUCUCUCACACGAGAGCGAAAUUCCCGCAGCGAUUCUCGAAGUACAACGGCAAGUAGAAGACAAGUACCCGCGCGUAUUUUCCUUUACCAAGGCCUCCAUAUUGUGCCGUGCCUGUAAGGUUGAGUUCUCUGCCACGCACAAAGUCGUGUUAAGUAACAUCAGGCAGCACAUAGACAGUCGUGGCCACAAAGAAAAGACCGGGAAGACAAUGGCAGCAAGUUCAAAGGAUAUUUCAUCCUUUUUCACCCGCAAGAUUCCUGCUAACAAGGAAUGAUCACGACCAGCUAAACAGCUGUGCCAGGGAUUUUACAAAGAAAAGUUAUCUUAUGUAAAUAAUGGAGAAACUGUCGAAGUAAACCCGAAAAUUCUUUUGCAUGACCUGAAACCAGGAGAAGAUAAAGGGAAUGUGUCGUGGUACCCGGAACCUUUCUUUGUUUUAAAUGAAACGGGGCAUGAGAAGACAACAGGAACAUUUCGAAGUAGUAACUGUUUAAGGGCAGCAGAUGCAGGAACAUUUACGGACGAUAUGUGUUCAGCUUGUUCGAAUAUACCCAAAUUAGAAUCAUUCAGAAAAAGAAUCCUGCUAAGAAACGAGAAAACUAGCCAGGAAACAAACAAACGAGACACGACAAGUAUACGUAACGAAUACCUGACUUCCAAGGAAAUGGUGGAAAAGCUUAAAGAACAGAAAGAAAAACUUGAUCAUAAGAAUGACCAGCUUUUCUUCGCAACAUCUACCGCAAUUAGGUUACGAAUACGCGCUGGAAGUUUAAGAGACAAGUUGAGGGAAUAUUCCCGUAGGGGGUCUGUUAAGGCUAUUUGUUUCAAGUUGCAGAGAGCUGCAGAUUUAGGACUACUAAAUGACAAAACCACUCUGAUGGCAAUGCUAGAGACUGUUUCGCGGAAUCUGCACGUUGAAAAGAAUGGUAAACGGUACCGCCCUUCGUUUAAGUUAUUCUUGGAAGUUCUUCUGAUGUUGGGAGGACCCAGAAUCGCUACAUUUGUGGCAAUAAACUUGGGAGGCCCAGAAAUACAUUCCAUCUACCGGUGGCGCAAUCAACAUCGUGUUGACAUAAGUGGAGGGAUUCAAGAAAGCAAUUUAAAGAAACUUGGGCCACUGUACAAAGAAGCCAUGGCUAACAUCACUUCCUCUUCUGUACCUGUCCUAGCUGCAGAGGAUGAGACAGCCAUUAUUGGCCAUGUAACUUACCACCAGGAUAGAGAUGAGCUCGUGGGAUUUUGUGGGGUUAAUGGACAACACCAUGCAUGCCUUGACCAUUUUGCUGUUAAAGUUGAGGAUGGCGAGGAAGGUUUCAGGAAUAUUGUUAAUGCCUUCAAGGAGUACAAGAUCGGUUCUUUCGGUAGGGCAAUAUUGCUUAACCCACUCCAUCCAAAUCUUCCCCGCAUUGCCGUCCUGGUUAUGCCCACCUGUAACAAGUUUGACCACCGCUUUGUCUAUCGACAGUGGCAAGAAGUAAAGCGACUUUAUGACCAGGAGUUAAAGGACAUCGUGGGUCCCCUGAUCGGUAACAGUUCUGAUGGAGACUCGCGGAGGCGGAAAAUAAUGCUGCAGCUCGCCACGGUCGAUGUCGGUAACAGAUUCAGGCCCAUUCCUCGAAAUCUAGGCUUUAUUUUUUCUUGCAGAAAACUGGACACAGACGAGAAUGGCUAUCAUGUUGAGGACAUGUGUGAUCAAGAUUACGUUCACAACCACAAGAAACUACUCAACCCCUUGGAUCACGCAACCCGUGUGCUUAGAAUGGGCGAGCAUCUUGUUCACAUGAACCAUCUACAAUUAGUCAGCGAAGUCUUUCCUUUCGCCGAUCAUGGUUUGGGCGUAAGUGACAUCGAAGGUCGUGACAGACAGAAUUGGAGAUCUGCUCAGAAAUUAACAUUUCCAAAGGUACAAGAAUGUCUCGAAGCCUUGAUUAAUGGAACAGUACCUGGACGUCCUCCUAAUAUCACGCUAUUGGGAACGAAGACGUAUCUUCUAAUCAUCUGGUAUUACGUGGAGAUCUUCUGCAGCUCUGUGGCAUCAUUAACCAGUAGAAUCAAGUACGCAGCCAUCGUUACGCACUUCCUUGGAAUUUGGCGGAAUUUGUGUCUAUCGACACAGGAACUUGAAGCUUUCAGUGAACUUUAUCUCCAGAGAGACCUACACAGAUGUCAUUUUAUCCUGUCAUUUUGCAGUGAUGCUUAUCGUCUACAUGAGAGACAACUUCCCUCGGGAGGACUGUCGACUUGA